AUGUCCAAGGAAAUCAACGGGAAAAAGAGGCAUGGUGAUGACAAGAACCUUAUCGCUGGCCAAGGCUCCCUGAAGCAAGUUCUGACAACGCAGACUACUGACUCGGUGAAUUCAGGGGCUCCCCACUGUGGUAGAACAGACUCCCUCGGCUACGGCUACGUCUCCACGUGGAAGAUGCAGACUCCCAAGCCCCACCUCCCGCAGGCUGGAGAUGUCGGAGCCGUGAUCUGCAGGCUGUGCAAUCUCUCUGUCCCCUUCCAUGGGUGUCUUUUAGACUUUGGAACCUGCAAAACCAAGCCUGGUCAGUUUUGCUUUACAGAGGUGCACAUAAAAGGUGGUAUUCAGUGGUAUGCAAUCAAAGGCUGCACAGAGAACGCAUCCGAGUGCUUCCAGAGAGCUGUCACGGCUUACGAAAUGCGGACCAGUCACUGCUGCAGCAACCCUAUGUGCAACUUCUAA